AUGACGUCCAAUCCAGUUCUCUUCUCUAAAGUGUACUGUAGACUUGGAAAAGCGACAAGAAUACUUCACGUUACUGACGAUCGUCGCCGGACAUCUCUCGUUCUCAAACGGCGUUCGCGACAAAGCUCCACGUCCAGAGAAGGUCAUUGCACUAUGGGAUCUGCAAAGAAACCAGCCAUGGCUGGAGUUAACUCUAAGGCUGAGAGGGAAGCCGACUUGGUUAUGGGGACAAAUAACAGCAGUAUUGUCUCCAAACGGAGCGUCGAAAUGCUUUACUACCCCAAGCCUCAUUUCUUUCGCUACUUCGUCAAGAAACCUCAAAGACGGUCGCCUUUGAUCAACCGCGGAUAUUGGCUGCGCAUGCAUGCGAUGGCGGAGACAGUGCGCAAGUUUAUGAGAGAGCCAUCAGACAAGCCUAAAUUUGUCUUGAAUCUGGGAUGUGGAUUUGAUCCGCUCCCAUAUAUGCUUCUCAGUGCCGACAACGACCUGUGUAGAGACACGACCUUUGUGGAUAUCGAUUACGAGAAACUCAUGGUUAAUAAGAAGACGGCUAUUCGCAAGGCCGACGAGAUAACACAACUACUUGAGGAUGUAGAAUUCCUGCCCGACUAUAGUGCCGUGCAAAUUCGCAGCAAGCACUAUCUAGCCGUUGGGUGCGACUUGAAAAACCUCACUAAGUUGGAUAACGUGCUUAGAGCAGAAGUCCUGCCUUCUGAAUGCGCGGUUCUUUUCCUGGCCGAAGUCUCUCUGACGUAUAUGGACGUCAAGUCCGCCAAUGCGGUUGUCAGCUGGGCUUCAAGGCUAAGCAAUGAUGCUCAGUUCUGUAUACUGGAACAAUUCUUCCCUGAUGGCCCAGACCAUCCUUUCGCUUCGACAAUGAUGAAACAUUUUAAAAAGCUUGGUGCACCCUUAUACUCGAUUCACGAAUAUCCCUCCCUGGACGAACAGGAACAGCGCUUUAAAGACGCUGGCUGGAACCACGCGCAUGCUAGAAGUCUCUGGGACUUAUGGUCGGACGAUGAAUUCGUGGACGGCUCGUUGAGAGCGUCACUUGAUGCCAUUGAGCCUUUUGAUGAGUGGGAAGAGUUUGCGCUUUUUGGGUCUCAUUACUUCCUUCUGCACGCCUCCACUAGGCCUCGGAUCUCGGAUAAGGCCACAAGAACAGUAACCGGGCUUGAUCCGCAGACGGAUAAGUCUGGUCAUUUCAAGUUGCUCGCCAAAUGCCCCCCUGGAAGUGGCCAAAGACGGUUCGGAGCUGUUAUUCCUGACAGUGAUAAGGCUGUUGGUCAUCACUCUGGCCUCGGUCGGCAGACUCGUUUAUCAUCAACAGAACUAUACACCAAGUCAGAGGGUACCACCAAAACUCAUGAGUUCCCUCCCGGAGACAUCCCUGCACGGAUGUGCCAUACAGUGACUGGCUUAAGCAACCAGGAUUGUCUUUUAGUUGGUGGCAGAGCUUCACCAUCAUCAGGGUUCAAGGAUUGUUGGGUAAGGCAAGGGAACCAGUGGCGCUCGACUCAGAGCCUUCCGACCCCCCGAUUCAGACAUAGUGCUGUCAAAGUUACUCUUGAUGCUGAAUAUGUUCUCGUAUACGGAGGUAAGACGAGCGAUGGCACAACAUUAAACACGUGGUUGGCGUGGAGCAGCAAACAACAAGGCUGGCAACAAGUUGAGACCAACGUAAUCAAUAUCAAGGCUCGGUUUGGGGCUUGUGUGGGAAGCAUUGACGACACUUCAGGCGUACUCUUUGGAGGAAUCGGGGCCGAGGGAACUAUUUUGGGGGAUUUCUUCACAUGGAAGUUGCACCAGCGGAGCGACGGGUCUUUAUUCAUGGAGCUGACCGACCACACCGAGGACUUGCAGAGAACCUCGUCCUUAUUCAAUCAAAUCCAUCGAUUUGGAGCGACUGUCAAUCAAGCAGCGUGGGGACUAGUCAUUGUUGGUGGUAUUGUUCCUCGAGAAAUCAUUACCCAUGACAAGGAAAUUAUGCUUCUUGAUUCGACAGAGUUAACUAGAUGCAUUGCCAGUGGGUGGCCCUCGAACCACACCAUCAUCUCGGCGCUAGGGCUCGGAAAAAGACUUGAUGGCCCGAGACCCUUACUGGUAGGCCAUGUCUCCUGUGCCAUUGAUCCUAAAGAGGUCCUGAUAUUGGGUGGUGGAGCUGUUUGUUUCUCAUUUGGAACAUAUUGGACCGAGGGCACAUGGCUUCUGCAGGACGUGAAUUCGACUACUGAAAAUGACUGGACCUUGGUUUCAGAACCAGUGGAACAAAAUAAGUCGCAGUUGGAAAAAGCGACAUCCAAGCCAUCAGCGCAAUCCCAGAACGAACCUUAUGGGGCGGCGGAAGUGAUCACACCAAUUCCUCGCGUAUGUGUCCAGAAUUCCGCACAAUUUCAAGAAAUUUUAGCUGAGGGUAGGCCGGUGAUUAUCGAAGGGUCGGAUAUUGGCCCCUGCACAGAACUCUGGACCAAAGAAUAUUUGACAAGUGCCGUGGGUGCUGACCACAAGAUUGUUGUGCAUGAGGCACAGUCGGAACACAUGAGUUUCCAAACCAAGAAUUUCUCAUAUACAACCAAAACAUUCGGCACCUUCAUGGACGAGGUGUAUGCAGGCGGUCGUCAGUAUCUUCGAAGCAUUUCUGCCGAACAGCCGACUAAACUACCUGCCAGCCUGGCUGUGGAUUUUCCAAGUCUAAGCCGUGAUUUUCGCCUGCCAGAGUCGCUCUCCGUAGUAACUGAUAACACUCACAGCUCGCCACUUAGGAUAUCAGGACCGGUCACAUUAUGGCUUCAUUACGACGUGAUGGCGAAUGUCUUGUGUCAAAUCCGUGGCGAGAAGAGACUCAUUCUCUUCCCACCAAGUGAUGUGCAAUACCUUCAUGUGCCUCCUGGGGCCUCAAGCUCUACCAUCAAUAUAUUCCAAAGCGAUGGAUCGGUCGCCUCGAUUCCCCAUACGUCGCCACAAGAAGCAGUCUUGAGGCGUGGCGAUAUCCUAUUCAUCCCUCCUUUGUGGCUGCACACGGCAUCUCCAACGGGUGAUCUCAGUGUUGCUGUCAAUGUCUUCUUCCGCAACUUGUCUAAAGGGUAUGCAGCUGGUCGGGAUGUUUACGGGAACCGUGACCUGCAGGCCUACGAGAAGGCGAGGAAUGAUAUCCAGAAGAUGGCUAAGUCCUUCGAUGGGCUUCCAAGUGAUAUGGCCCGCUUCUAUCUGCUGAGGCUCGCCCAAGAAUUAAAAGACAGGGCAGAAAAAUAA